UGCAACGAUCGGCUUUUUUUGCAACGCCGGGGACAGUCUCUGGCAUGGCUCCUGGGGCAAGUGCUUGCCACGGGGCUCAUCCAGGCCGUGAGCGUUGACGAAGCCCUGCCUUUAUUCGCAGAUAGUAGCUGUAAACAGUUGAAGAUAAUGAAGAUAAUGCAUAGUACAGAAUCAACUUGUUUCUGCUACAUUCCAAAUGGAGCAAUGCACUUACAAAAUACUUGGUCAACUGUUCAGGUGUCCAUAAACAGCACUGAAUUAUUUCAAGUGAUGUAUAUCCCAGAUGAAUAUGAAUGCCAACAUUCUGAACAUUUCCUCGAUUUUUUGAAGUGCCUGAUUAGCAAUAUUUGGCAGCCUAGUGUGUCUAAUCAAACGAUCAUGACAGUGGACCAGUAUGUUGGCAAAACAUGUUUCAGGAUCAAACCAACAAAUAAAGUACUCUUCACUGUGAGCGUACAACAAAAGAUGUUGGAUUGCAAACUCGUUCUGUUAUUUGUUGCUGGUGGACUUCUUUUUCAUUUUGCCUAUAACCUGAGUAGGAGUAAUAUCUUCUAUUAUUGUGCUGGGAUAGCAUUUGGCAUUUUCAUGCCUCUAGUCUUUCUCAUUUUCAUGCUUAAAAGAUUUAUUCCCAAGCAAAGCACCUUCUGGAUUUUAAUGAGUGGAUGCUGGUUCUCUUCUCUGUAUGUGUUCUAUGUUUCAAGAGAAAAACUGAAAUGGAUGUGGAAUAAUUCUACAUAUUAUAUACUGGGGUAUACUUUAUCAGUUGGAUUGAUCUCUUUUGCUAUUUGCAAGAAGCAUGGGCCACUCAGCAGUGAGCAAAGUAUGAACCUCUUGAUGUGGAUGUUGCAGGUGAAAGGCCUGGUCUUAAUUCAUUUUGGCACUACAAUCCCACAGGUUGCCUAUGCAGUCACAAUUGCUAUGCUCUGUACAAAAUUCCUGCAUUAUCCCCUUCGAGCAUCCUGCUACAUUGGCAAAAAAGCUGCUCAGUAUUUCCACCCAGAAAAAUUGGAGCCCCGUUAUCUGACAGAAGACGAAUACCAGGAACAAGGAGAAACAGAGACCACGAAGGCCCUAGAGGAACUGCGCAUAUUCUGUAGGAAUCCCACUUUCCCCUCCUGGGUAGCUGUGGUCAGACUGCAAUCUCCACAAAAGUUUGCAAACUUUGUUCUAGGUUCUCCUCAUGUAUCUGCUGAAGAAAUGACAGCCCAUGAGGCACAGUAUGGCAUCGGAGGAGUCCUCCUGGAGCAACAGCUUUUCCAUCAAGAGACCGAGACAGAACCAGAGCCCCAAAAUGCUUCUGAGGUGGAGGAGAGAAACAAAGAAGAGGGACUGAGACUAUUACAACCAAACAUCCGGCAUUUUCACAGUAGAGAAUUUCUUUGAGCUGGUGCCCAGGUCAGCAAAAGCAUGCAAUAACAUGCUUUUUUGAACUGUAGAGGGCAGUUUAGACAUUUUGAAGGACUUACCAUGACUUCACUGUUUUCCAGGAAGCACUUAAGUUUGCAAAGCCAUCAUGAUUAGAGUUAUGUAAGGAGGCAGUCCAGGCACACCUGAACAAUACUGGAUUUAGCCAAUGUCUCUGCUUAGAGGAACCAUUUGCUGGAGGUUUGAUGAGGCAGCCUGUGGAGGGCUGGAACAAGGAAUUCCUCUCAGUUGCUUUAUCAAUUUACAAGGCUCACUUUACAGCGGUCUUUUUUUUUUUUUUGCCUGAUCAUGGUUUCUAAGUUUGCACAUUAUUCCAUGGUGUGCUUAACUCUCAUUUGCUGAGUUUACGCAAACAUGUUAAGCCAUAACUUUCAAAAUGGCUGCAAUCCAACACAAUCACAUUGCUUGGGACCAGUGACCCACUGAAGACAACUGAUGUUGGGAAAAUGAGCUGAGAAAUUGAAGUUACUGUUGAUUAACCACUUUAUGCUAAUUAUUUCUCUCCAGUAAUUGGGUUGGUUAUUUGUUGCUUGACUUUUUGUCUUUGGCCAACUGUUUUUUUCCCCUUGAUAUACUUUGAUGUUUUUUUCUAUAAGUCACAUGGUGUCACUAUGGAAUCAAGCAGUCUUGAAAUUGAAGUACAUAAAUGAACGUAUGAAAGGCUUAGAAGCAUAUGUGUAAGGAAAGACAGUUAAGAGUUGCUUUGGCUCCAACCAGCUGAUUUCGGAUGGAGGUCUGAAGCUUUGUUUUUGUUUCAUUUUAAAGAAACUUGAUUUUUCUUUUGAGGCAACAGGCUGCCAAAAGAAUUGUGUAAUUGUAGGUUACUAGGACUCUGAUUUUCCUUGCACUGCAUCCUGACUCCUUUGGACUUGGUAAAUAUGCUUUGGUUUUCAUAGCAGUUCAUGAUUUGGGAUGCAAACUCUUAAGUCUCUAGUCCUUAAAUUGAAACAUUUCACCUAGAAAUAUGUGUACUUAACAUGCUCUUAGAAACAUGGAAAGGGAACCAAGGAGAUCUUGUUCUUGAAUUACUCUCUAAUUGCUUCAUAUUAGUCUAGCAUGCAUGAGUCCAUUAAGUUUGCCGUAAUGUCAUCAUGAUCUCCCUGAUUAACCUAUCCCACUGGCUUUUGUGAAGAUUUAAAAAAAUGGAGAGACCAUCUUAUAUACCUUGAUUUUUUAAAAAGUUGAAGUAUAAAUGUAAA